AAGGAGGUGACCCCCUUAGGCCCAAAAACGGGAGAGGUUACGGUCCUCCCCUUUACCCCUAAGAAGAAAAGACGCUUCGGAGAAGCCCUCAGCGCAGAUAAAAUACCCUCGCCUAGUUUUAACAAAGUAAGACUAAGCGCAGCGGUAACGGCGACUGCAGCAGGCUUUAUCGCCUCUAUCUUUAAUAGUGUAAAAGAAGCUACCGACCUAAAUAAAGAGGGGAAAUCCCUUACCAGGAAUAAAAUUAUAAACUAA